UUUAUAAAAACAAAUUUAGUUAUAAUUCAAGAACACCCUCUUCGCCGCUCAUGUAGCUGCCUUUAAUUUGAUCACUGUUGGGAAGGAAAGAUGUUGGAAUAGCAGAAGAGUGUGGUGAGAAUAAAUGGGGAAUUGCUUUGGAUACAAGAAAACUGCAGAUUCUGUUAAUCCUAGCACCACUACCCCCCAUACCUCUUCACUCAGGCCUUCUACUCCAGGGACUUCAACAAGCUGGCUUUCAACAGUGGGCAGUGGCAGUACAUCUGCAAAUGGAGAGAUUUUAGCCUCAGCAAAUUUGAAAAUUUACAGUUUUGUUGAUUUGAAGUCUGCUACUAGAAGUUUUAGGCCUGAUUCAGUGCUGGGCACAGGGGGUUUUGGGACAGUGUUUAAAGGAUGGGUUGAUGAGAACACGCUUGCACCGUCUAGAAAUGGCGUUGGAAUUACUGUUGCCAUCAAGAAAAUGAACCCUGAAAGUACACAAGGAUUUGAGGAGUGGCAGUCUGAAGUAAACUUCUUAGGAAGGCUUUCACAUCCUAAUGUGGUUAAGUUAUUGGGGUACUGUUUUGACGAUAACGAACUGCUACUUGUGUAUGAGUUUAUGCAGAAGGGAAGCUUAGAAAACCAUCUUUUCAGAAGAGCUAUGGAACCGCUUUCUUGGAAGAUACGGCUCAAAGUUGCCAUAGGAGCUGCAAAGGCUCUGGCAUUUUUGCACACUUUGCCUAGAAAAGUCAUUUACAGGGACUUCAAGGCCUCCAACAUUCUUCUUGACGGGAAUUACAAUGCAAAAAUCUCGGAUUUUGGCUUAGCUAAACUGGGACCUUCUGCUGGAAAUUCACACAUUACAACCCGAAUAAUGGGCACAUAUGGCUAUGCUGCACCAGAGUACAUUGCAACAGGCCAUCUAUAUGUGGAAAGCGAUGUGUAUGGCUUUGGCGUGGUCCUGCUAGAAAUGUUGACGGGAUUGAGAGCAUUUGAUGCUCAACGACCCUCGGAUCAACAGAACUUGGUGGAAUGGGCAAAACCGAUGCUGUCUCAGAGAAAGAAGCUUAAAACCAUAAUGGAUGCUCGGAUGGAAGGACAGUAUCAUUACAGCGCAGCCUUACAUGCGUCUGAGCUUACGCUCAGAUGCAUAGAUGAAGAACCUAAGAAAAGGCCUUCCAUGAAACAAGUUAUGGAAACAUUGGAACAGAUUGAAGCAAUGAAGAGGCCCUGAGACUAAAUUAUGGCCUUCUAUUACUGAGCUGGUUCAUUUGUGCCUUUUACUUUCAGCAGCCAGGCCCUUGAGCCAUGACACUUCCAGCAGCCAGUUUGUUUGUAUCUGCUGUUUGUCAAGAGCAUGAUUGGUAACAUUGUUCGGUUAAAAGAGAGAGAUGAAAAGUAUGCAGUUAAUAUGAGUAAUGAUGCAGCAGAACCUGCAAAUCAGCGUCUGGGCUGGUGGAGGCGUGGCCUGUUACAGAAAACGCGGCCAUUUGCUUUCACAAAUGCAGCUAUUCCCAUGCUUAUGCCUGCCCAGACCAUUGAAAACAGCAGGUUCCAAGGAUCCUCUCGAACUACGGAAACAAGCACGAAAGCAAGGUGUUAUUUGUUGUUGAUGUUGCAGAUACAUGAGAAAUUGUAUCAGGAUGAAUGCUGCUAUAUUGCUAUAUUUCCAAUCAUGAAAACUCACCUCGCCUUAGUGACAAGAGGGUGAAGAAUAACCCAGUUAUAAUCAGCCCGAAAGCCAGUGGAAAUGACUGCAAUGGAGCAAGAUAAGUGUUAGGUGAAUCUGCAUGAACUGUGGAAGAUCAUGGAAAUAUCAGAAACAGUUGUUUGCUACAUUAUUUCUGGCAGCUGUAGAAGAUGAACCUAAUUAAAUGUCUGCACACUGUGAUGGGUUUCUGAAAACAACAAAUUAGAAGUACUCACAGCAACAGCUUGAAGGCCUGCUCUUUGAGAUGCCUUCAGAGAGUCGCGGGCAACAGAGACAAUGUAAUGUCCUUGCACUAAAUCAAUUGCAUCCUUUGGAGUGGAAAAAAUUGCAAACAUUAUCAGUACCCAGAUUCAUAAAUACAGACCACAAGUGAAAAAGCCAAACAUAUUCUUUAAUGUAUACACUUCUUAACAACUAGAUGUUCAUCUAACUGUAUUUAAAGCUAUAUAGUAGCAGCCA